AUGCUUUCUCUUCCACCUGAAGUUCAACUUGAUGUAUUAAAAUAUCUUAAUUUCAACCAAUUAUUCUCUGUUAAACUAACUCAUUUUUAUUUUUGCAAUUUAAUCAAUAAAUAUGAGGGGGAAUUGGCACAAAUUAAAUUUUAUCAGAUUUCAAUAGUAAAUAUAUAA